AAGUUGAGUUCUUCGAAACAAACGGACGUAACUUAUAAGGCAAAAAAAUACCAAAGGAAAGUAAAACGGAGAGGGAGGCAGUGGAAACCCUCCGAGGAGCCGACUCUCUGGAAGAAGCAAAGUGACUGUAAAACACCAAGACAAUUUCACCGAUCCAUACCAAUUUCCAAAGCAAUUGUUCCUUGUUUUUAUCUUGCAUUAGUGCCCUGGAUCGUGCAGAAGCAAUAAAACACCAUUUUUCGAUGGAGUGGAAGUGGAUGUGAACUGUCCAUUUUGUAUAGAGAUAGUGUUGCUUCAUUUCAAUGCUUUGGAAAUUUGCAAUGGGGUGAUUGGCUCUUUGGAAGAUUAAGAUCAUGCAUCUGAGCUGAGAAAUAAUAUUCUGCUUUGGUUGAACUGAUCUUAUUUAAUUUUAUUGGAUUCACGAUGAGUAAAGAAAACCUGCCUCAAGCAGUUAAUGGAGGUCUCAACAAUGAUAGUUGCUCAAACGCUGACAUUGAUUAUUCAAGAACUUACUCACGAUAUAGUCUAGACAGAGAUGCAGGUUUGCCCACUUGUCGUGUGUGCCAGUGUUCAGAAUCUGACAAAAGAGGGGAUGCUGCUUUGGCAUUUUUGGGGAUCUCUCCUCCCUUAGAAGAAGCAGUUAAAAGCAAAGGUGAAGCUAAGCCUAAUAUUGAAGGAGUUCAGAAAGAUGUUGAAAGUGAUGAGUCUCAUGGUAAGAGUCUUAGGAGAGAAUCUGGGUUUGUUGAGUUCAUAAGCCCUGGAGGAGAGGUUUUCAUAUGUAGCACUGAUUUAGAAAUGGGAUCAUGUCAUCAGCAAGAUGCAUUGAUAGAACUAGGUUGUUCUUGUAAAAAUGAUCUUGCUCUAGUGCAUUAUGCUUGUGCUCUCAAAUGGUUUGUUAGUCAUGGAUCUACAGUUUGUGAGAUCUGUGGAAAUCCUGCAAAACAUAUCAGGACUUCUGAUUUUAAUAAAGUUGUGGUUUCUUUGAAAGAUUAUGAAGCAUUGAGAGAGAGGACUGCUAGUGGAGAUCCUAAUCCUGCCCAAAUUCAUACAAGUUCAGGCGUAGACCCUGAUGCUGUUGCUGCUAUUCGAAGGCAACGACUAAGUGAGAUUUUCUUGUGGUUCAGCCCGCAUGGUAAUAAUAACAACAACAAUAGUUCUGCUGUUUCACAGGUUGUUUUUGAACAGCCUCCAAAUACUGUUACUGAAGAAGUAGCUCCCACUGAAAAUCCUGCAACCAAGUGGGCUGUGGAAGGUACUGGAAUUCUGCUUGCUACUGGUCUACUUACAGUUACGCUUGCAUGGCUCAUUGCUCCUCGUGUUGGAAAGAAAACGGCUAGGAGUGGUCUUCACAUUCUCUUGGGAGGCAUAUGUGCUUUAACGGUUGUGGUCUUAUUUCGAUUUAUUGUGCUGACAAGGAUCAAGUCCGGACCCGCUCGCUAUUGGGCAAUCUUGUUUGUGUUCUGGUUUCUUGUGUUCGGUAUAUGGGCUUCGAGAACGCACAGCGCUCAUACAACAUGAUUUGUUGAUAUAUGAUACACGAUGCAUGUAAAUUCACUAUAUUCUUUUUUUACUGCGUGUCCUACAUACUAGUGGAAGUCGGAAAAUAUUGUUUUUUUGUGGGGGAGGGGGGAUUGAAGACUUAAGAAAUGGCAGCCCAUUGAUAAGUUUGGCAUUUGAGCUAUGAGAUGAUGGGGUAAAAAUUUAUAAUUGACCCUUGAAGGGAAUGUGAAUUUUGUUAUUUUUUAUGGGUAAGUUUUGACAUUUUCACUGAGCCAUUCUAAGUUUCAAGGUUCAGGAAUGUUCAACUAGAACUGAAUUCCAUGCAUAUAAUAGGGGUGAA